AUGCUGAAGGUGUUAAAUGAGACACAUUUAAGCAGCAAUGUUUGUGUUAAUCACAACAUAUCUUUAGUACCUAAUUUGUCUGGUACCUUACCCAGGGAAAUUAUUAAGAAUGUGCCGUACGAAAAAGGAUGCUUGCUGUUGGAUCAUUUACAACGUCUUUUAGGAUAUAAAAAUUUACAUCUUAUUAAAUGUUAUCAUGUAACUCGCUUCUAUGAAUAUCAGACUAAUGAUUUUAAGAGACAUCUGUAUCAUACUUUUCUUGUUGAUAUGCAGGUGUUAGAAAUUGUAGAUUGGGAAAUGUGGUUCAAAGAACAAAAUUUACCAUUGCAUCACAUGUUCUCCGACAUACAAAUUAAUAGUUACUAUGAUGGGGAAACAUUCAUCAAAGAAGAGUCAAAAGAUAUUUUGCAAUCUAUAAUGAAGAGGCACUUAAACGACUCUGCAUUUAGAAAAAUAACAUUUAUAAGCUAUUUGAGUUGGAAUGUAUUCCGUAUAGUUCCAGAUCUACAAGUUAUCUAUGUUGCAACGUGCGUAUUUGUCGAACGUGGAGUGUCGAAACACGGUAACUAUGCUCAUCCAUGUUCAGAUGGUACCCUAGAAGCACAGUUUCUUUGGCUGCGCUCGUGCAUUAGAAGUAGAUGGGGUCCAAUUAUCGAAGACGCUUUACAGUUCGCCUCCGACAACUUAUCUAUGUCAUAUUAUGUUUGCUCAAUAAUUCGUGCUAUUUACGAAUGGAUACCAAUGCGUCAUCACUUGGUGUCAUGGAUUGAGACGAACCAGUCGAAAAUGCAUGCAGAAACUAUACAAAACUUGGAACUCGCUCUUAAAGUUAAAUUAGACAAUUUGUCUACAUAA